UGCCCCCCAUCCCGGGUCUAUGGACCUCAACGCUGACUACGAGAUAAACGAGGCCGCAAAUGCAUCAGGUCAAGUAAAGCUAGAUGCAUCAUCCCAGUGCUUCGUUGAAGUUUGUUCCAAGGCCACUCAGGCGGCUCUGAAGGCUACAACAAAAUCUGCAAAGGUGCAAGCAAGCCGAACUGUCAAAGAAGUGGCAUGCCAGACUGAUUUGGAAUUGCCGGACAUCCUGUUGAUGGAGGAAAUGCGUCAGCGGUGUUCUACACCUUUAUGUUCAGAGCCAUCCAUGACCUAUGAAGACAACGCUUAUGACAAGACAUAUGAGCCUACAUUGAACAGCUCAGUGGCGUAAGUGACAUGACAUUUUGUUUUUUUUGUUUGAGCCUGCAGUAGAAAGCGCAUGAAUGUCAGUGGCCUUGAAGUAUAUCUUUCAACAGAACUUCAUGUUUUCCCUAUGCCACAACAAUCCAAGGAGUUCAGUAGCUGAACUGUCUGAGCUUCAAUCAAGGGGCAUUAAAUGUGCACGAGGGAGAAAAGGUUCAGGGGAAUCGUUUCUGCCUGCCGCUGCACUUGCUUGAACAUGUACUGGCUGGGGCAGUCAAAUAAAGUCCAGGGACGGUGACCAUCAUCCUGUUUGCAACUUCCAGCAUCGUAGGCAUGCACCCGCUGUGGUGACUUAGGGGCUAUGGCUUUGUGCUGCUAAGCAUGAAGUUGUGCGAUGAAGCCACAGCGGUCGCAUUUUGAUGGGGGCAAAUUGCAAAAAUGCCUGUGAA